GCUGAGACAUCGCCCUUCAACGCUCCGAAGUGACAGAAACAACGAUUGCAGCCAUGAUGUGGUCGUAGAGUUCGUCAAGCAGACCUUCAACCUCCUACAAUGCCGGGCGACCGUAGCUGGACUUCAUGAUGCCUGUACUGCCCAAAUUCAGUCCUCUACAAUCCAGAUUCGCGGCCUCUUUCGCAGCCUCCGUUAUCCUCUUAUUAGUCUUCUACCUUACCCUGACGAAGCCACAAUUUGCAUACGCACUUGAACUCGACUCAAGGGCAAUUGCUGAAGACCUUGACCACUACUUCAACUUAGAUGAGGAUCUGGGAUACCCGACAGAGGAAACAUACACACUAGAGGAGGGUCGUAUUGCUGGCCGCGCCGAAGCAGGAGUGUCAGCGCUCGCGAACAAUGCACCGCAGAACAGAAAUAUCGAUAUCGGUCAGACCCAGAACUGGGUGUUUCCAAGAGACGCAGUCAAUGGUCUUCAUGGCACAACGGGAACAGGUCUACCAUCAGAGACGACCGAGAAAAGAGAAGUCGAAGAAGUGCGGGAACUUAAGAGGCGGCAGAAUGGGAACAGAGUCUACAUAUCCUUGAACACAUGUCUCCAACCUUCCUCGAAUGUCACCAACAAGACAUCAGACGAUGCAAUACCUCCUCAGUUGACCAUGUACAUUUCAUUAUCAGCAUCCAACCAGAAACCUGGACCUGAUGCAGAUGACUCAAGCCAGCAAACAGUCCAGGUCGAUGGCGGCUAUGCUUUGUUUGAAAGCAACGCUGAUAGCGAUGUUUAUGUUGGAAUAUCUGCACCGAAUACAACGAACUUUGACGGUAUUUGGAACUACGAAGUGGCAGCCUCAAUUGAUGCUCCUUUCCAUGGCUCGCAUAACUCGACGAAUUUAUAUUUCGUUGACGGCGAUAACCAUGCGGCCCUUCUGAUCACCAAUGAUACAACCGAAGCCCAGCCCAACUCUACAGUCUAUCAAGAAUGGAUGAGCCUAAACCCUCCCUGGGGCGUUUUUGGGGCAAAUCAAAAUGACAAGAGUAUCCUAGGAGUCAAGAAUUCAUAUUGUGGUUUGAUGAGCAAUGCGCGGAUAGCAGCCAACAUCAAUGGAUUUUCGAACCAGAAUGUCGCCCAAAUGACCAACAGAGGUCUUGGAGGCAAACCGAAGGAGCAAUUCUACCUCACUGGACUCAACGCCACUUCUAAGUACUGGGGCAUGCUGGCCAUGGUGGGCAACUCGACAGCCUCUGGAAAUGGUGUGGUCGGCGGCGGAGGGACUGUCUGGGAGGCCAUCGAAUUCCAGACCAAGACUGAGAACAACUGUGCUCUGAUGUACAAUCUCUCCUUCUGUUCCGAAGUCGCCUACGCUGUACCGACGAAUCCUGAAAAGUAUCCUCCCACGACGGGCCUCCCCGACCUAGCAGCCUUGUACGACUCAUACGCCGCACAAAUGUACCAAUACUUCAACUACUCCCUACAACAAAUACCAUGUAACAUCACCUCAAGCGCGCAAUAUUCUCUGGCACGAAAUUGCGAUGACUGUGCUCGUGCAUACAAACAAUGGCUCUGCGCUGUCACUAUCCCUCGAUGCGCGGACUACUCAAAUACCGAUUCCUGGCUAUUGCCGCGGAAUCUUGGCCAGCCGUUCGUGAAUGGCUCGAGUAUUUCCGACUCACAGUUGAACGGCGACCAACAGUUGCUGACCUCUGUUGCGACGAAUUCAUCGAGGAAUUCAAUCAUUGAUGAGACCAUCGAGCCUGGCCCGUAUAAGGAGGUUUUGCCUUGUCAGGAUCUCUGCUAUGACUUGGUUCAAAGUUGUCCGGCAAGUCUGGGAUUUGCUUGUCCGCUACCAGGCGCUGGAUUGGAGAGCAGCUAUGGCAGAAGGAGCAAUGACUCCGGGAUCAUUACUUGCAGUUAUCUGGGUGCUGCAUAUUAUCUGAGCGGAGCACAAUCUACAGCACCAUUAGGCCUCACCACGAUGUCCGUACUGGCGCUGGUAGUCCUGUUGGUGAAUGCUCUAUAGAUGGACGUGAAGUCAAGAAAUUAAGCAAGGAAGGGAUGGGACAGAAGUAAAGUCGGGGAAGCCAUUCUGCAUGUAUGAUUCAUGAUACACCCAUGGAUGGGGACUCUUAGCGGCUAGCCGGCGUUUGAAUGGCGGGAAUGGUCAUAGAUAUGGCGAUGGCGCUUGGGGACCAGGAAAAUUCAAUCUGGGGCUUUAUACAGAUUUUAUAGCAGAG